AGGUCAUCUCUCUGCUUUUCCUCCCGCGCCCGGGCGCGUGCACCACCGGACACGUCGCCGCUCUGCGCCUUGUCCGCAUACACACACCCGAAACAGAAAAGAAAAGAUUAGUUGGCAUAUUGUGCUGCUGCUGCUGAAACGACUUCCUUCAAUUGGUCAUCACCUCCGACCGCAAAUUGAUCAAACCCACUGGUAAGGAAUCAGUUAUGCAGAGGCACACUCACCUAUAGCAAUCACAGACACACACACACUGAGAGAGAGAGAGAGAGAGAGAGAGAGAGAGAGAGAGAGAGAGAGAGAGAGAGAGAGAGAGAGAGAGAGAGAGAGAGAGAAUGAAGCUGAAGCAAUUACAGUCGAUGCUGGAGGAUGUGGAGCAGUUUGAGUCUCCGAACGUGGAGUUAGAGCAAUACCCGACAGGGGCGCAUAUUGCGGCGCGCAUGAUGUAUACUGUGGCCACCACCUUCGGUGAUAUCGAGGGAAAGGUGGUGGUGGACCUGGGCUGCGGCUGCGGAGUCCUAGCGAUUGCUGCCUCCCUUCUUGGUGCCGCUCAUGUGAUUGGCGUUGACGUGGACACGGACGCUUUGGACCUUGCAAAAGCCAACUGUGAAAAUCUGGAAGUGGAUAAGGUUGAAUUCGUCCUUGCUGACGUGGCGUCACUGGGUUGGAGGGACAGUGUUAUCAAAUCCGUUGAUGUGGUCGUGAUGAAUCCACCAUUUGGUACACGUAGGAAAGGUGCUGAUAUGCAGUUCCUUAGGGCCGCGCUGUCGAUGGCUGGCUCCUCUGUUUACUCGUUGCACAAGAGCUCGACACGUCAGCAUGUCCAGCGGGUAGCCAUAGCUGAGCUUGGUGCAGCAUCAAGACGGUGUGAUUUGUUAAGGCCAAACGAUUCGAGAAGGGAUGAUGGGGCAGACUUGGACCAGGUGCCUUCAGAAGUGGAACAUCUAGGGAGGAGUCGAGAGGAAGCAGAGUCCAGUGCGUCUUCGCGCUUUCCACAGUCCUGCCUAUGGCGAUCCGUCAGAUCACGAAAUUUUGACGAGCUCUGGCCGAGGGGCAGUCCUUGCUUGGGUUCUGCGUUCCUGCCACAACUUGCACCUGCACGCUGUCUGACAGGUGUUGGGAUACAGACUUCUACGAUGUGUGCAGGGUCCCAGUUACCCCGUGGAGUUGUGGGAGGGCCGUGGGGCGAUGAGUGUGGAGAAGAGGGUGAUGGGCACAGCAAGCGGUUGUCAGCAGCUUUGGCUUAUCUGGAGACAUUCAUCAAUCUCGAGAGGAGGGGUUUACCUGCAGGAGGGGGAAUGGACUCUGACAAGGGACUUGAUCUGAUGAGGAUGCGGCUGCUUGUCCAGCGUCUUGGCGAUCCUGUUCGGAAGUAUAAGGUGGUCCAUGUUGCAGGAACUAAGGGUAAGGGAUCUAUUGUGGCCUUUGUUAGCAGCAUCCUUCGUGCCGCAGGCUACAGAGUGGGCACCUACACCAGCCCUCAUGUUAUGAGCUUGCUGGAGCGGAUUACAACUAAUGAGGACGGGGCGCCCAUUUCAGAAGAGGAGUUUGCCUCAUUGGUCGACGAUCACCGAAGCGUCAUUGAUGCUGUUCAUAUGGAAGUGGAUCGAAGUCUCACAUUCUUUGAGGUUGUUACUGCUCUUGCGUACGUACAUUUUGCUCGCACAAGGGUUGACGUUGCUGUGGUUGAGACUGGUCUCGGCGGUGCUCGGGAUGCCACAAAUGUGAUUCCAGAAGAUUCUCUUUCUUGUGCCGUGGUAUCUGCUAUUGGCUAUGAGCACACGGACGUUCUUGGCGAAACCAUUGAGUUGAUUGCGCAAGCGAAGGGGGGGAUCAUAAAGCCCAAGAAGCCGGUUGUCUUGUCAAAGCAAGAUGAAGAACCAGUGGAGAGGAUAAUAGCCUCAGUUGCAAACGCGCAGGAGAGCCUGCUAACUCUAGCCAGGGAGCCUCUUAUCUUUGCCACUCGGGUGGCAGCAGGACCCAGGGCACUUAGCAAAAACCCAUCCCUGAAGGAAACAGUCGAUUUUGCUGUCCCUUGCUUAGAAACACUCGUCGACGGGGAGGCGGUCCAAGCCUUAUGUAGAGACAGCACUUGUGGGCGAGGAGCAGUCGAAAGCAGAGGAAGCUGGUCUGCAAACGCCGUGAACCUUGGUCUCGUCGGUGCACACCAGGUCGAGAAUGCCUGCACAGCUGUUUGUGUUGCCCAUAUUCUGAGGAGCCAAGGCUGGGUACUUCCAGAUGGAGCGAUUAGGCAAGGCCUGGAAAGAGCAAGAUUGUUGGGUCGCUUCCAGGUCCUCUCCGCGAAUGACAUUGGCAUCCCCUGGCUCAAUAACAUCACAAUUGUCCUCGAUGGAGCGCACACUCCAGCUUCAGCACGAGCUCUUGCGACUCUGAUGCAGGAACAAUUUCCGUCAAAGAAGCUCAUCUUCCUUGUGGGAAUGGCAAAAGACAAGGAUCAUUCAGCUUUCGCACACAGUAUACUCCAACGAUGUCAACCAGUCGCAGUCAUACUCACGGAGGCGCAAGUUCUUGGCAGCUUUCACAGGACCAUGCCAUCGGUGAAGCUUCUGGAAUUGUGGAGGCAGGCGUUUCAUGCUCUUUCGGCGACAAACAGCAUUGACCGUGCACAAGCGACAGCCGAGGCCAUCGUGAGAAGUCUUCCACAGGGUGUCGUGCAGGUAUCUGAAGGAGCCAAAGAUGCUGCAUUGCCCACGAAAGGUGUCACACAGGGUAUCCCAGACGGUGGUGUGGAAGGAGCUGCAGAUCCUGCCAAGGCGAGAAUGAGACCAAGUCGACAAGGAGGAGGAAGAGGAGGAUUAGAACAAGUCCAGGGCCAGGAGAACGGAAUCGGAGCAGGUGUUGCAUCGGACCCAUCACGUGGUUGGAGGCAAGUUCAGAUCUUCGAAAAACGCACCGUGUGGCAAGCGUUAGAACUGGCGAGAGCAUUACUUGCGGAAACACCCUCAGAGACUAUUUCGCGGAGAAGUGCGCAAACUUCUCAUUCUGCGACGGACCUGAACCUGAGAAGUUCCUGUGGGAGUGGUUCAGCAAGUCCUUCCAUGGCUAGUUUAGAGAGUCCUCUGGCCAGUCUAGGAAAUUUGGUGGCCAGCACUUCCGACGACAAUCUAGGGAGUACAUCUGAAAGCAGCAUGGGGGUCGUGUGUGUGACAGGGUCGAUCCACUUGGUUGGAGAUGUGUUGAAGCUGAUAAAAGGUGGCGAAGGUCGUGAUCGGAGAACGAGUUCCUGACAGUGCAAGGAUGCGCAAGGCUGAAACACCUUUCCACGCUGCUUCCCGUCAGGUGCGUUGCUCCUUUUCACAAACAGGACAGGUGGAGGAGGAUAUCCCCGUUAACCUCAUAGUCAGCACAGGACAUCCGUUAAAAUUGGAACGAUAUAGAGAAGAUUAGCAUGGGCCUUGCGCAUGGACGACACACAUACAUUGAGAAAAAAAAAAAGUAAAAGGUUUGCAUAUCU